ACACUUUCAUUCAUCUUCCCCCACAACCCACUCCUAUAUCAACUGCUGCUUACACUUUUUCAUUUCAAUGACUUUACUCACCCACCUGCCCUGAAUCUGACUCGCUCGCUCUCAUCAAUUGGUCAACAAUUGUCAUACUCCGAGUUCAUUCGCAAAACCCAAACUAUGUCCUCUUAUCUUCAGUCCGUGACCGGACUCUCAGGUCUUGGGACCUAAAUUUGGACCCAUGCUCGAUAAUUUAUGUGAGAGAAGCUUCCGGCAUCUCCCAUAGCAAAAUUUUCGGCAUGGAAGUGGUGGGUGCAGCUGUCGGUGCACUAGUGGAACUAGCGAUCUUCUCUGUAGUUGUGUCAGUUCUAAGACCAACACCACUUUCAAUUUGCAUUCAAAUCUUGCUGCUGUUGAGCAGGAGAUGAAAAGCCUUACGGAUCGUAUAAAAGAAGUCAAAGGUGAAACGGAGGCAGCGGAGAAAGAAGGAAACAAAAUCAGAUCUGAAGUCGUAACUUGGCUUCAGGACGUGGAAACGCUUCAGCCUGGAGUCGAUGCAAUUCAAGGACAAAUGGUCAACAACGAAAAGCCUUCUCGAUGUUUCUUAAAUUGCAGAAAACGGUAUAGAGCGAGCAGGGAAGUGGAAAAAACUCUGGAAGAGAUCAAAAGGCUUCUUCUUGUAGCUGAAAAAUUCAACUAUGAUGUGGUUUGUCCUACUAGAGUUCCCAGAGCAGUGGAGCAUAUUCCUGGACCUUCAAUUCAAGGUCAAACAACUGCAUCAAAAAAAUUAGACGAGAUUAGGAAGGCAUUGGAUGAUGGAUUCAAAAGGAUUGGUAUUUGGGGACUAGGAGGAAUUGGCAAGACUACUCUGGUGAAGAACUUGAAUAAUGAGCUCAAAACGGCUUCUACACAGCCUUUUGGCAUUGUCAUUUGGGCCACCGUUUCCAAGAAUGUGGUCAUUAAAAAUGUCCAGACACGAAUAGCUGAAAGAUUAAAAUUGCAGGUGGAAAAGGAAGAAAGCGAGCUAGGAAUGGCCAAUCGGCUUUAUGAAAGGCUUCAGAAAGAAGAAAAAUUUCUACUCAUUCUAGAUGAUGUUUGGGCGAAAAUUGAUUUAGACACUUUGGGUGUCCCAGGGCCGGAUGUUCAUAAAGGCUGUAAGAUCAUAUUGACUUCUCGACUUAAGGAAGUCUGUAGGGCUAUGACAACCGAUCUCGAAAUCAAAAUAGAAGUUUUAAAUGAUGUUGAAGCUUGGCAAUUGUUUUGUCAAAAAGCAGGGGAUGUGGAUCAUCUAGAAGAAAUUAAACCAUUAGCAGAAGCAAUUGUAAAAGAAUGUUGCAGAUUACCACUAGCCAUCAUCGUCGUGGGAGCUGCCAUGAGAAAAAAGACAAAGGUCGAGUUGUGGAAGCAUGCAUUAAAUCAGUUGCAAAGAUCAGUGCCUUCUAUAGAAGGAAUUGAGGCUGAGGUCUAUAAGCCGUUGAGGUUGAGUUACGAAUCAUUACAAGGUAACAACAACAUAAAAUCUUGUUUCUUAUAUUGCUGUCUAUUUCCCGAGGACUAUACAAUUUUUAUAAGGGAUUUAGUACGCUACUGGCGGGCAGAAGGUUUGAUAGGUGAAGGACAGAAUUGGGAGGAUAUGGACGAAGGCAUUUCUUUGAUUGAAAAUCUGAAGGACUCUUGUUUGUUGGAAGAUGGUCCCUGGACUUCCUCUGUGAAGAUGCAUGACGUUGUUCGGGACGUUGCUAUAUGGAUUUCAUCAACGUCUGAGGAUGGGUGUAAAUCCCUUGUUCGUUCGGGGAUUGGGUUGAGUGAGAUUUCUGUUGGAGAGUUUUCAAAUUCAAAUUCAAAUUCUCUCGAUAGAGUUUCUUUCAUGGGUAACAACAUAACAAGGCUACCUGAUUGCAUGAUACAAUGUUCAAAGGCCUCGGUUCUGCUACUCGGAGACAAUCAUGCCCUUGACACGGUUCCUGAGAAAUUCCUGCAAGGGUUUGUAGCACUAAAGGUAUUGGAUCUCGGUGAUACCAGCAUCCGGUCAUUGCCUCAUUCUCUACUUCAACUUAGAGAUCUCCGUGUUCUUCGUCUUUGGAAUUGCCGUAAUCUUGAAGAACUACCCUCACUGGGAACACUUACUAAACUUCGAGAUCUUGAUCUUCGUGGCACGUGUAUCGCAAAUUUCCCAAGAGGGAUUGAAAACCUGAGUGAGCUUAGGGAUUUAAACUUAGACGAGACUAGUGAACUGAAAAGCAUUCAACCUGGAAUUAUAUCCCAGUUGUCUUGUUUAGAAAGUCUAUCUAUGUGGGCUAGUGGCUUUCAUUUCCGUUUGAAGGGAGAGGAAGAUGGACAGGCAACUUUUGAAGAGCUCAAAUCAUCCUUUAAUCGAUUACAUUACUUAAACAUCUCAUUCAAAGGGAUCCCAUGGGAAAAAUCCGAAGAUCUUUCCUGGAUAAAUAGAAUGAGUCAUCUUCGACUUUGUUUUUAUGAUGCACAAGGAAGGAGCGUCCUAAUUACAUUCGAUGAAAAAAGGUGUUCUAUCCGGAAUCUUAAUCUUUCUCUCUCGCAAGAAUGGAUUGGGUGGUUCUGGGAUAAUUCAAGUUCUCUGCAAUUAGAACAAUGUACAGGACUGGUUGAAAUGCUUGAAGACUUCAUUGAAAGUGAUGCCAGCUUUGCUGGUUUAAAGUCACUUUCUAUUACAAAAUGUCCAACCAGUUUAGGGUGGGGAGGAGGAUGUGCUGCCCGCUGUGACCUACUACCAAACCUGGAGGAACUUCAUCUCGAAAGUAUGGAAAACCUAAAUAGCAUUUCAGAGCUAGCUGGUCAUCUUGGGCAGAGAUUUCAUAGCCUAAGAUCAAUAAAAGUGGAAUUCUGUCAUCAGAUGAAAUAUCUUCUCUCCUGUGGUGACUUCAUUCAGACUCUGCCAAACCUAGAAGUAAUCAAUGUAAGCAAUUGUGAGAACUUAGAAAAGCUCUUUAAUAAUGAAUCAGGGCAGAACAUAUCUCCAGAACCUAUGGUUCCAAAACUAAGGAUAUUGCAAUUGUGGAACCUUCCCGCAUUCAAAACUCUUUGCAGACACAAGGAGACAUGGCCAUGUCUGGAGCAGGUUAGAGUGCGCGGGUGCAAAGGUCUCAGAAGGCUGCCUCUUACUAACCAAAAUGUAGGUACCAUAAAAGAAAUAAAAGUAGAAUCAGAAUGGUGGGAUGCUUUGGAGUGGGAUGAUGACCAAACCAAAACAAGUUUGCUGCCUUUUUUCCAUCCUUUGUAGUUGGGUGGCUUCGGUCAAAUGAGGGCUUCGGCCCAAAGUGGCCCUUUUGAUUGUGUUUGAAAAUUGAGUGAGUUAAGAGUUCGUUUUCGUAGUGUGAAAGCACCGAUCCGUUUUUUUUUUUUUUUUUUUUUUUUUUUUUUUUUUUUUUUUUUUUUAAAUUCAAGUUUGAGAGUAUGUUCAAUAUUAGAGUGUGAGUACACCAUUGCGUGUAUUGGAAAUUUGUAAUAAUUGAGUGUCAUGUUUGUGAGUUAAGAUUGAAAGAGUUUUGAGUUACCCAUAUUGGGUUUGAAAUUGUGAGAGGUUUAUAGAGUUUGAAGUUUGUAUCUA